CAAUCAUUAAUAGACAGUCAAGUCACUAAUAGAGCCCAUUAGUGAUAUAUGAAUAGAUAAACUCAGAGUACGAAAGUGGUUUGGUGGCCGAGCGGUCGUGUCGCGCUUCUAAACAACAUAACAUUUUAAGGCCGAAAACAACUAUUCGUUCAGAUAUAACAGUGAAUAUUGAUUUGGCUAAAUCGUAAGUGGAGAAUGUUACGUCCGUCGACAAGCAGUGAGCGCACGCCGCUGGUGCAGCCCAACUAUGCAUUCGAGUCGAGUCUCACGCGCAAAUAUCAGAAGCGCCUGCACCACUUCCAAUGCAUUAUCUGCGCCUCUUUCUUGAUAAUUCUUGUCGUAUCUUUGCUGAUGACGGUGGCAUUAAAUUUGGAUGUUGACGAAGACAUUCCCAAUAGUACAGAUGUAAUACCCAACACGGUGGUGCCCAUUGGAAACCUGACUGGAGUGGACCCACAGUUGAUACCACUGCUACAGCUGAAGUGGCCAUUGGAAGCUCGGCCUUCGCCACAAUGGACCGGCAAAAACCAAACAAAAGACAUAGAGGUAGCAGUAGCUAUCGGAAAAAAGGCCUUACAAAACCGUACAACACUUGAGAGUACAAGGAAACCUCUGGACACUAACACACCAGCGAACAAGGCGCAGAGAGCCACGGCCACGUCUCCAGCCGUGAAACCGAUGGCGGACGCAGCAUAUGCUGUUGAGGAAGCCACUAAGGUUCUUGCCAAUGGUACCAGUCCAUCCACCCGCGAAGGUGGUAUUGGUCGAGGCCCACCCACCCGUGGUUCCUUCACGGAGCCACCGUAUUGCCAGCCGUCACCGCCAUGCGCACCGUCCAAGUACCGGAGCCAAGAUGGCAGUUGCAACAAUUUGGAGAACUCAGUGAGAUGGGGAGUCUCCCACACCCCAUUUAGGAGGGUACUGCCAGCAGACUAUGGAGAUGGGAUCAGCUCGCCCCGCAAAAGUAGAAGCGGGGCGAGCUUGCCCAGCGCUCGCGACGUGAGUGUGACGGUCCACCGACCGACCUAUGCACAAGACAGCGCGUUCACGGUGAUGCUGGCUGUGUGGGGACAGUUCAUCGAUCAUGACAUCACUGCCACAGCUUUGAGCAAAGGUGCUAACAGUAGCUCUCUGUCCUGUUGCGACACGACCCAAGCACCGCACCCGGAAUGCUUCCCAGUGCAGCUGGACAAGGAGGAUCCCUUCUACCAGCACUACAACCUCACCUGCAUGGAGUUUGUGAGGUCUGCACCGGCGCCCACUUGCCAUUUUGGCCCUCGCGAGCAAAUGAACCAAGCCACAGCCUUCCUCGAUGGCUCCACAGUAUAUGGUUUCUCUGAGCUGCGAGCAUCACAACUACGGCUCGGCGCCAACGGUCGGCUCAGGAUGUUGACUAUCGAGGGAUUUGAGCUGCUGCCGCCCUCCACGGACCCUGGUGAUGGCUGCAAUACAGCGGAGAUGAACGCGAAAGGGCGAUAUUGUUUUGAUACUGGUGAUGAUAGAGCCAACGAAAAUCUCCACCUAACCACAAUGCACUUGAUCUGGGCACGGCAGCACAACCGGCUGGCAGCGAUCUUGGGCAAACUCAACCCGAGCUGGGACGACGAGACCACGUAUCAGGAGGCGAGGAAAAUUGUCGGCGCACAGAUGCAGCACAUCACUUAUUCGGAAUUCCUGCCAUCCGUACUUGGUGCUGAUGUGAUGUGGGCCUUGAAUUUGACGUUAAAAAACGAAGGUCAUGACAAUUCGUAUGAUCCUACAGUAGAUCCGUCCAUUGCUAAUCAUUUCGCUGCAGCUGCCUUCAGAUUCGCCCACACUCUACUUCCAGGUCUAAUACACAAUGUGGACCCUAAAAAUGGCAGCGUGAGCUACGUGCAACUCCAUCGGAUGUUGUUCAAUCCGUACGCACUGUACAGCGAGAAGGGUUUCAAAUUCUCCGUAAGGUCCGCCAUAAACACACCUGUCCAUGGCGUCGAUCCCCACGUCACUACAGAGCUAAGCAACCAUUUAUUCGAGAAUCCAACAAGCAAUUCGACUCAGUCGAAGAUAGCGGCAGGCCCUUGCGGUUUGGACCUGGUGUCACUGAACAUUCAGCGCGGUCGCGACCACGGCCUUCCAUCGUACCCCGCGUGGCGGGAGCACUGCGGCCUGUCCAGACCAAAAACCUUCACUGACCUGAAAGGUGUCUUUGAUGAUCUCUCGUUAAGCAGAAUCACUGCCAUUUACAAUUCCGUAGAAGACAUCGACCUGUACACCGGGGCGUUGGCGGAGGAGCCUCACGGUAGACUGCUGGCGCCUACGCUCACCUGCCUCAUAUCGGACCAGUUCCUCCGUUUGAAGAUCGGAGACCGCUUCUGGUAUGAGACGUCGGACGAGACCGUCUGUUUCUCUAUAGAUCAACUCACAGAGAUACGUAAGACAACUCUGGCCGGAGUCAUCUGCGCUAACGAAGGUCUCCUGGAACAGGCCCAGCCCAGGGUCAUGGAAGAGAUCAGCGCCACCAAUCCUAUGGUCGAUUGCACGGAACUGCCACAACCCUCGUUUAAUCCUUGGAGACAAGUCAAUUCGUAAUAAAGAAAAAAGGAUGAGCUAAAUUGAGAUGAUGAGCGAAAUUAAGAUGAGAGUUUUUUUUUUAAUUCGUUUUCGAAUCAUUUUUCUAUCCUAUUUUUAAAUAUGGAUCGGAAGAUAUUUUAUAAAAUGAAGUAAAAUCAUUGAAGUGGUGAUCGCACCCAAGAUCUUCUAGACAAAUGGCAAAUUAAUCUAUUAAUACAUUAUGUACGUUUUCGCUACUGCAUGUCUGAGAUAGUACGAGACAGCAACGUCCGGCAUUUUGUUCUUUGUCUAUUCCUUAGUAGGAAUACCAAUGAUCCUUCAGACCACUUCUAGACGCUGGAUCAAGAUAAAACAUAUACCAAGUUACAUUUUAAGUUAAACAUUAAAGAAUGUAAGUGUAGAAACCGCAUCACGUAGUUUUAGGAUAACGCUGGAACAAAUAUACAAACAAAGAAAUUUUAUAAAAAAUAUUGUUUUGA